AUGGCGUCCUCGUCGUCUCCAAUCACACAAGUGUCCCAGACGCAACAGCUCCCAGUCGGUUUGCAGCCGCACUUGGUGGCCCGACUCUUGUUGGACCUUCGUGGACAGCGAUUCUCUGUCGACAGGGAAACGAUUAUGAAUCUUCCUGAAUCAGUUUUGCUCUGUUUGUUCCCCAAUGGUCUCGUUUUGAGCAGAAAUUCGGCCGUUCUCGACGCAAUAGACGACGGCGAGGACGAGGAGAUUUACGGCGUAGACUUUGAUCCACAGUGCUUCCACUAUGUCCUCGACUACUUUAAGAAAUCGGGCGAACAGUUCUACGGCGUUUCAGAACAGACGUCGUCGCCCUUUCAGGCUCAGCAGCAAUGGAUCGACUCUCAGGGGGAUCCAUUGAUGGUCCAGCAAAAUCCUCUCUUGUCCAAGCAGGCUAUCAUCGUCCUCCGUGAGGAACUAGAGUACUUUGCCAUUCCUCCCUCGUCCGAGAGCACCGCAACAGACAAGAAUGGCAUUGCAAACGAACGUCUACUCGACCUCAAGAGACAAUGUGGACUCAAGUUGUUGGAGAAACGCAACAUCUUUACGGCGCUUCAGCGCAACGUCAACAAGGAGAAUAACAUGGCCGAGCAGCACUUGAUUGACAUGCUCUGCGUCAGUGGAUUCGAUAGAGACGACGUGUGGGGUUUCCGAGCGGUCGAACCCAAUCGUUGCUGCUUGUCCUCCAUCGCCCUCGUCCAGCUCAAGACCGGAAUCACCCACGAAGCCCCAACGGAUGCAAAUCCAACUGGUGUCGUGGUCGAUCAAACGCAAAUGACCACGGCCCAAAAGCUCUUGUUGUUCUGGCGCAAGCCGGCUCGCAAAUGCUGGUGGGAUGGUAUCGAGGUCGAUCUUGGCACUGCAGAUGCACCAAGGGUUGUCAAGCUUUGGGCCAGGCGUGUGUGGACCCUGGAGCUUAGUCUGUUCCGCGGCCAAAUGUCGCUUUCUAUCGACCUCUUACGAUCAGCUAUGACUGUAGUGCCUUCGGACUUUCUUACAGAUGGAGGCCUUCCUCGAGUCGAGAGACAUAUAUUUGCCCGUGAUUCCUUUCAUUUCCGCACAAAAUUCUGCAGUGCUCUUGUAUUUCUGCUUGAAUGGAUGCACGUUACAGAUGAUGCGACAGAGGCUAAGCGUCUUGGACUCCUCGUCGUUGAACACCGCGCCAAACACCCCUUGUCGUCGCGGAUUGAGCCGUCGAACGUUGGACGGGACUCAUCGUCGACGCAUAUGGCACAACAAGCGGAUCUCAAGGCGACACAUUACACCCAUCAACUGCAAAAUGCUCUUACACGCGGUCUCUGGGCAGAUCCCUCGCCUGCACUGGCCGUCAAGGGCGAGCCGAUGACAUGGAGCGAACUUUUACGAAAGUAUAAAAAGCACUGCGUUUCGCAGCACAUCACUGCAGAAAUAGCUUUACAGACCCAGAGUCUGUCUCUGCUAUUGCUCCCCGAUCCAGUAGACGCCAAACGCAUCACACAAGAAGACCUAGAUGGCGACUCCGAGGAACCGCAUGGGUCCAUGUCACUUGGGACGGAAUGCGAGUUGUCUCCUUCCCGCAUUGACGAUGCUCGGCUCGGUUUUGCCGCACUCGAGCUCCUGAAUGAUACACCAAACGAGAGAGACUCUACAUUAUUCACCCGAGCGUAUUUUGCAUAUGCUCUGAAGCGCUACAAGGAGUGCCUUGCUCUCCUUAAUCCGAUGAGCUUUGAUGAAGACGUGCCGGAGCCAGCGUCGGCUACCAAAUCUACGAGACUCCAAGUACCCAGCGAAGGGUCGACAGGAUCGACAGGCACACAUCUCACUUGGACUGGGAGUAUUGCAAGCAUGGCUAUGGAAAAGCUGGGUCAUGCGGAAGAGGCCUUGAGCGUAUACGAAGCAGCGCUUCCAAUCUUACAAUCCCUUCGACUUCCCCACACUCCGGCCUCUCAAAACGACGCUGUUGACCCAUCCUUUAUCAAGUAUCGCGAACUGUGGAGGUGGGCGGAGCGUUUGCUCUGGCGUGCAAGUUGCCUUGUUUCGCGCUUUGCACCAAUAGACCGCGCCCUCACAGUGUUUCGCGUUUACUCAAAUCAUGCACAGUACUAUCCUCCAACGUUCCGACCAAACCAUCGAUCCAUCGUUUCAUCCCUUUAUCUAUAUGCAUUGCUGCUGACCUAUCCGGGCUCUGAGCAAGCGAUUCCCGGCGUAACUCGACUCUCAUGGAUUACAGAGGCCAGAACGCUACUCGGGGAGUACCGACUCGUUCUCGCUCAGAGCACCGUCUUCCCGAGAGCUGGUGAUCGGAAUAUCAAAGUAGAGGAAUACUGUGACGGUGUCAUGGCUGUAUGGGAACGCGCUGGUGCGAAUGGAAAAGAAGCUCAAUGGGCCAUAGAGGCAAGUGACUAA